AUGACAGGGAAUCACACAGAUGCCUUCAGAUUCAUUCUCCUAGGAUUCUCUGACCAUCCCCAGCUGCACCUGCUAUUCUUCCCCAUGUUCCUCGCAACCUACAUGAUGACCCUCACUGGGAAUGUUCUCAUCUUAACCAUCACCAUGGCAGAUGCUGCUCUUCACACCCCCAUGUAUUUUUUUCUCAAGGUCCUGUCCAUCCUGGAGAUCUGCUACACCUCAGUCACAGUCCCCAAGAUGUUGGUGAACCUCCUGUCCGGGGAUAAAAGCAUCUCCUUCCUUGGCUGUGCCACACAGAUGUAUUUCUUUGUGGCCUUAGGGGGUGUGGAAUGCUUUCUGCUGGCUGCCAUGGCUUAUGACCGAUACGUGGCCAUAUGCCACCCUCUGCAUUAUCCGAGCAUCAUGAACCACACAAAGUGCAUGGGGCUGGCCUCUGGCUCAUGGCUCAGUGGUCUGGUUGGAUCACUGGGCCACGUUAUAAUCAUAUUCAACUUGCAUUUCUGUGUUUCCCAUGAAAUCAACCACUUCUUCUGUGACAUCACCCCAGUGCUGAAGCUGGCCUGUGGCGUCACCUUCCUGAAUAAAGUGGUUAUCUUCACCAUUCUCCUGAUUUUCAUCCCCUUGCCCUUCAUUCUCAUCCUGGUCUCCUACCUACUCAUCAUCUUCACCAUCCUGAAGAUACCGUCAGUUCAGGGCAGGCGUAAAGCUUUCUCCACCUGUUCCUCCCAUCUCAUUGUGGUGACUCUCUUCUACGGGACAGGAAUCAUUAACUAUCUGCACCCUAGUUCUACUUCUGUGUCAGGGAUGGGGAAAAUACUUUCUCUUUCCUACUCUGUCAUCACUCCCAUGUUGAACCCCAUUACCUACAGCCUGAGGAACAAGGAAGUGAGAGAUGCUCUGAAGAGAACAAUCAUCAGGAAAUGUUUUCUUAACUAAAGAAAAUUACUUUACUAUCAAUAUAAUUCUGGAAAAUGGUGUGUGAAAGGCUCAGGGACUGACCUGGUAUUUAUACAACAGGCAUCAGGAACUGAAUUUCCAACAAAGCCUUACUAUUGUAGUUGUAGCUGUGUUGGGUUGUCCCAGGAUUUGUGAGA